AUGUCGAGUGCCACGUUUGGCAAGGAACUGCAGGUGCUGAGUCCAGGUGUGGGCUACGGCAUCCUGGCGGGCAUCGGUGCCGUCUUCACAAUCGUCAUGAUCGCCACGACGCAGUUCCAGAACCGCUACUCCCAGUUCUCGACCAAGCAGUCGGAGGAGUUCAACACGGCGUCGCGCAGUGUCAAGCCGGGCCUGAUCGUCGCUGGUAUCGUCAGUUCGUGGACGUGGUCCGCCACGCUGCUGACCAGCUCAACGUUUGCGUACGCCUAUGGCAUCUCCGGCCCCAUGUGGUAUGCUGCACUGGGCACAUCGCAGGUGUUGUUGUUCUCGAUGCUGUCCCUCAUGGUCAAGCGCGACCUGCCCGGCGCCCACACCUUUCCUGAGAUCGUGCUCGCACGACACGGGCCCGUGGCGCAUGCCAUCUAUCUGGUCUUUGGCUGGGCCACUAAUAUGUUCGUCGGUGCCACCCUUGUGUUGGGUGGUGCUCAAGUCGUGGCUGGCCUGUCGGGUGUGAAUGUCUAUGCGGCCUGCUUUAUUAUCCCCCUCGCCGUUGCCGCGUAUGUCAUCCAGGGUGGCCUGCGGAGCACGUUCGUUGCCGACUAUAUCCACACGGUCAUCCUGUUUGUCGCCAUCUUCAUCUUCGCGUUUGCCUUGUAUACGACCGAUGAAUAUGUCGGCAGCCCCAGCCGUCUCCAUGACCUUCUCACGGCCGCCGCGGAGGCCACGCCUCUGCCCAACAACAGGGACGGCUCGUGGCUGACGUUCCAGUCCAAGGGUGGUUUGACCUUUGCGGCGCUCAUCUUUCUCGGCGGCUUCUCCACUGUCUGGCUCGACCAGGCGUACUGGCAGCGUGCGAUUGCCUCGAAGCCGGAGACGAGCGUCAAGGCGUACCUUUUUGGUGGUCUCGCUUGGUAUGGCAUCCCGUACGGCUUUGCGACGGCCAUGGGCCUCGGAUGCGUCGCCAUGACCAGUUCGCCGCGUUUCCCCACGUAUCCCAACGCCCUCAAUGCCGCCCAGGUCAACGGCGGCUUCAGCGCGCCGGCCACGGCCAUUGCGCUGAUGGGCAAGAACGGCGCGGCGCUCAUGCUCCUGCUGCUCUUCAUGGCCAUCACCUCGGCCACGUCCGCCGAGCUCAUCGCCGUGUCCUCGCUCUGGACGUUUGAUGUCUAUAAGCUGUACGUGAACAAGGGCGCCACCUCGUCCCAGCUGGUCGUCCAGGCCCACACCAGCAUCAUCGCCUAUUCGCUCGUCCUCGCUACCUUUUGCUGCGGCCUCAACGCCAGCGGCAUCAACAUCACCUGGAUUCUGACCCAGGGCGGCUGCAUGAUUGGCGGCGGCGGCAUUCCUCUCGGCCUGAUUUUGUUAUGGCCCUCGCGUAUGUCGACGCCUGCCGCCAUUGGCGCGCCGCUCAUCGCCAUGCCGCUCGGCAUCAUGACGUGGCUGGUCACCACCUACCUGCGGGACGGCUCGAUCAGCGUGAUCACUACCGGCGACCUCACCAACAGCGUCGCCGGGAGUGCCACGACGUGCGGCACCGGUGCGGUUGUUGCCGUCGCGUUCUCGUACCUUUUCCCGUACAAGUACACCUCUAGCGACCCGGCGCACGUGGCCCGUUUGGAGAAGAUUUGUGGUGUUGCCUCGCUUCAGGGUCAGGUCGUCACAGACGACGCCGAGGCGCGUGCGGAGAUGGCCCUGGGCGACAAGGGCGAGAAGGGCGACACGGGUGGCGCAGGCAGCAAGGAGGAGACGUACGCUGUGGUGACCCCGAUGGACGCAGUUGCAGCCACGGGCGUGAUUGUCCAACAGACACCGCAGGCGGCGGCGGGUUCGGUCCCGGAGGCCACAGGCAACGAAAUUGUCGACUUUCUUACAGCCAACCACAUCGAGCCCCUCGACCUUGAUCUGUACCACAAGGUGCGCCGUCUGGCCAUCUGGUGCUGUGCCGUUUUCUUCGUCUUUGCCAUGGUGUUGUUUCCGUUUGCCUUUUACGGCACUGGCUUCAUCUUUACCAAAGCUGCGCUGACGGGAUGGGUCGCCAUCAGUAUGACUUGGGUCUUCUUUAGUGCUAUCGCAUGCAUCAUCUGGCCGGUAGCAGAAAGCUGGAAGGACUUGUUCGGCAUGUUCGGCAUGUUCAUCGACGACAUGAAAUCGCGGCGGACAUGA